ACAUUCAUAUUUCAAUAUGUUAAAUAAGUUUACGAAAACAGCACAUGUUAUAAGAAACAUAACUAAAACCGCAGCUCUAUUUAAGAAACCUAACGCUAGUAUUUAUCGGCCUCAAAUUCCACAAAAUAUUUUAGACAAUGCAGGACACGAAUUAUCACCAGGAGUUAUGCCAUUUAAGUUAAUGCUUGUUUAUAAAGUUAAACCACCUUAUUACCUUCCUCAUUAUGAGCUAAAAGCUUUGAAAGAAGUGGGAUUAGAUAAAAAUAUUAAAUACUCCCAGAGGGUAGUUAUGAAAAAUACCAGUGAUAUAUGCAAAAAGCUAUGGCAGGUAAAACAUUUAAUAAGAAUAAUCCCAUUACGGUUUCCAAAUGGAAUUCCCGUAUCGGACUCUGACGUCAUGAACACUAGGAUUAACCUAGAGACUGGGGAAGUCAGCGUUAUUCACGAAAUCAAACCCACAAAAAGUAUCGAAGGAAGCCAUGAUGUUUUAGCCCCGGUUCCAGACGAGUUUAAAGAUGUAUACAUGAGCGGGGAAGAUUGCAGACGAUACAAUAGACACGUUUGGAUUUGAUGUUAAUAUUUUAAAAUAUAAUCGUUUCUUUUAUAUAUCUAAAAUAUUAUUGUUAUAAUUUGUCUCUCAAACACCUAUUGUAUAUAUAAUAAAAAAAAUA